AUGGGAAGCGGGGCGAAAUAUAAUCCUGUGCAUGGACAUCGCUGUAGUGGAGGUCCAUGGCGGAAAAAAACAAUUGCACUUAAUCGUGACCAAUUAGCAGAUGAUAUGGUUGAAUUUUUCUAUAAACGAAUUAUAACGUAUACCGGUCAUAUAAUGAACCAACAACAUGAUAUCGAACGGAAAACGCUUGAAUCGUUUGCGAUAUCCUUAUUUCAGAUGAAUCCCUAUCGAAUCGAAACAAUCGAACGUGCGGAGAUAGCAGAAGCGAUGACUCGUGCUGUUCAACGUUCAUCCAACGAAUUAGCAAGUUAUUUAUAUGACAAGUACGUAUGUGCAUUACAGCGAAUAUUAAAUGGAAUAUGUUCAACAUCAAACCUAUUUCAUACCAAUCUAACGGAAGAUAAAUGCAAAAUAGAAACAACAGCACUGAUACUGCGUGUAUCACGGCCAAUUAUAAUUGCAACAAUUCGCUGGCCCCACGUCUUUAUCGAUAAUCGAAUCGAAGCAGCAACUGAAUUAACUCGUAUAGCACCAUCAAUAAUAUUUGAUCUCUGUGAAAACCAGUUAUCAGCAUUAACAACAACAACCACACCGAUUAUAGGACAACUACUUGCAAAAGUGUUAAACAUUGAUAGAAGUGGAGGUGGACUAGGAAUGGCGGCUGGAUCAGUUGGAAUUAUUUCUACCGUGGCAACAGCCUUCUCUCCUGCUAUCGUCCCGGACAGAACUCGCAUUGCCCAAGCGCGUGUCUAUCGCCGAGCACACAUCCCUGGGAAUCCAACUUUUGGAAAAAAAGGCGUCAACGCAACUAAACUGGGUUCUGCCAGUAGCAAAGGUUAUGAUCAGUUAGAAAUGUGUGUUAGUCCAUUAGUCGAUAUUGUAAAACCCAAUGUGGUUUUGCCCCCAAACAACCUGGCUUCUCCAGAAAUGUUACUAAAUUUAUCGCCACGGAUUGCUGUUGGUCCAUUAUCGAGGAAACAAUACGUGAACUUAUUUGUACUAGGUCUUACGCAAUCGGGUAAGUCAUCGGUAUUAAAAUCAUUGUGGAACAUCCCAGUCGAUAGAGAUCCAUCGGGUGGAAGAAUUGAAUUUUCAUUACACCAAACAACGAUCGAUCACCUUGUUAUUCGAGCAUGCGAUUUUCAAGGUGUCAAUCACUUGCAAAUUAAAUACGAAGAUAUAUUACAACGUUUAUUAAACAACGGAAUUUCUCGGCUGGAUCGCAUCAUCAUAUGUUUUAAAUACGAAGAAAAUAUUCAGCCUGAUCCACACAUCUAUUUAUUUAUUCUGUUGAACUAUUUAAAACUAAUCGAAGUGAAAGGUGAAAAUAUCCUUUUAGCACUCACGUUCUGUGACCACUUCAAAUCUCAAAACGAUAUCCAAGAGUAUGUAGAACGAAUGAAAACAAAUCCGUUGGUUGGCGAAUUGUUUCAGUAUGCUACUAAAAUUAUACCAAUAAUAACAAAAGGGAAUUUUAAUUAUCGUCAAAUGAUUAUUGAACAAUUAUCAAAUGAAAAUGUUCAACCAAUAUCACUAGAGAAGGCAAAUUACAAGAAUGAUUCUCAGGAAACAUUUUCAACAUUCAUAACAGAUGCAUUAAAUGAAGUACUCAGCGAAUAUCACAGAAUUACCAAUGAUCCGAACGUGUCCUACAUAGACGAGAUAUGGAAAAAAUUACAAUUAUCAACAGAAAAGCAGAAUACGUUCAAAUUUGCAGCACAAAUCGAGUGUUUAAAGAUAAAACCAGCAGGUGAAGUCUUUUAA